AUGCUACCAACAAGCCAGCAUCAGCAGCAGCACCAGUCGGCCGUCGACGUCGCUCAGCAGCAGCAGCAGCAGGAUGCCCAAACGCAACAUCUGCUCAACGUGGCCGCGUCGUCCUACACGACCGCCGUAUCGUCGAGUGGCGGCUACAGCAUGAGCUACCCGCUCGUCACGGGCCACCAUCUGACCGAGAACAACAAUCUGAUCAUGCAUCCGUCCUACGGUAAACCGGCAGCCCAUGUCGCUCACCAGUUGCCGCCGGCUUCGCUCAUAACGCUCCAGCCGGUGCCUCUGGAGGCGCAUCACCACUCCGCGUUGCACCACGUGUCCAACCUGGGUCCACCACCACCGGGCACUCCCGGCUCCCUGCAGCAGCAGCAAGGACAACCACCGCAGCAGUCCGUUGUCACUUCGUUGGCUCCUCCGCCCGGUUCCGGUGGGUUGGGUGGAUUACUCAUCGGUGGUGGCGGAGGAGGUGGACAACACCUUCAUCAUGCGUCCAUGCAACAGCAACAUCAGCAACAACAGCAACAGCAGCAGCAGCAGCAACAACAACAGAUGGAUCAUCAACAGAUGGACCACCAGCAGCAGCAACAGAUGGGAGGCAUGUCGGGCGUUGGACCGCAACAAGGCGGGGGUCCACAGUCUUCCAUGUCGCAUAAUUCGCCCAUGAACGAUCCAAACGGAAGCGGUAUGUUGUGCAGGGUGUGCAAUUAA